AUGGCCUCCACAUGCAUAUCCAAUUGUGUCAACGACUCUCGUGGUCCGGUCCGUGCCACCUACAUAAACUUGUACAAGUGGCCUGAAUCGGACGUUGAAUUUAUAAGAUCGGUCAGCUCAAAAAAUAACAGACAUGAACAACAUGGUCAUGGUCAUGGUCGUGGUCGUGUUCAUAGUUCUAGUCCAAAAGUGGUGGAUAGUAUUUCAUGUAGGCAAUUAUAUUUGAGGAGCUAUACUUUUUCAAGGGAAGAUCAAGAGAAUUUGAAUGAUGAGAAAAAUAAUCAUGUGAAAUGUUAUGGUAAAAGAAAGAGGAAAUUAUCAAGUCGGAAUGACAGUGGUGGUGGCCGGAGGCGGAGUACGAGAAGAAAGUGUAAAGGUUUUAGAAAGGCUAAGGAAUUUUCUUGUGCUGCUUUGUCUUCAAUUUUUCGAAGGUUACUAUCUUGUACUACUAAGGUUGAUGUGGUGGCUAAUUGA